CCUACUGCAGAGCAAGUAAGAACGCUGCAUUCUGGUCAUAAGUUCAAAUAGUUCAUAUUUUCACACCUUGGGGUAAUUAUGAUGUGAGGAAACAUUGUAGAGUUUCAAGUAAGUAUUUUCAUUUUGAUUUGUAAAGCUUAGAAAAAGCUGCCGUCUAAAAAAUCUGAAGCGCCAUCAUGGUCGUUGUGAAGAUCGUUACCAGGAGGCUCAAAAAGAGAUAGCCAAGAGAUCUUUGAUUCAGGUCACCAGAAUUAAUUAUUCGACCUCCACUGACUUAUUUGAGGAAUCUUCGGAUGCUACGGACUAUGAUGAUGCUGACUAUGUUCCAGACUCAUGUUGCAAUUCCUCGGAUGCUUCAAUUAUAAGUACUGCUAGUCAAGAACUCAAAACCAUGAAGGGGGAUGGUGCCACCAGUUCAGAGGUACCUAGAACAUUAAGUUCUUCAAAGAUGAGCAGCAAUCAUUGUGCUUCAGUGAUAAGCUGCAGUGCCAAUUCAUUAAAGAACACAUCACAGCAGAAAAGCUCCAUAAAUGUCACACCAUUGCCAAUAAAAGCAAAGGGAAGCAAGUACAACAAGAAGCAAUUUCGUCUUUAUUGUAAAAAGGCCAUUUCUAAAUUGGCAAGACAUCUUGAAUCCGUCCACAGUGAAGAGCCUGAUGUUGCAAUGGCUUUCAGUUUUGAUAAAAGAUCCCGCAAAAGAAGCGAGUUGUUACGCUCUAUUAAGAAGAGUGGAAACUUUGACCAUAAUGCUGAAGUGGCACUGGAGAGAUGGUUGCUUGUAGAAGACCCAGUACUGCAAAACAAUCUGAUGACUUCCGUCACUGCAAAUUUUGCAAAGGACUGUAUGCAAGAAACUCUUUAUGGAGACAUGUGAGAAACUGCACGAAAAAGUCUGUUGAGGAAGAGCCUCAAGUUGGCCGAAAAUGGAUUCAAAUGCACUUACCAAGACCUGACUCAGUUAAGGAAACUGUUUGGAAGAUUGCUUGUGAAAUGAACCAGGAUGACGUAUCUUCGGUUGUAAGGAGUGAAACUGUAAUCCUUUGUAUCGGCGAGUCACUGUUCAAUUCCAGGAAACCGUAUGAAAGGAAUGACUACAUACGCCAAAAAAUGAGAGAGAUGGCAAGACUAUUGAUAACGGCAAGAGCUAUAACACCUUUGAAGAGCACCGAAGACCUUGUUAUGCCUUGUAACUUUCCGCAUGUGAUACAGGCAGUUAGAUCUGUUGCUGGUUAUGAUGUCGAAAGCAACUUGUAUAAAAUCCCAUCAUUGGCUUUGAAAUUGGGACACAGUUUAGCCAAAGUUGCAGGCAUUGUGCAAUGCAAUGCCAUCAUUGCAAAUCGCCCUGCCGUUGCGGAGUCUGCAAAGCAAUUUGCCACUCUACAUCAGAAAAAGUGGACAGAGUCCAUUUCUGCUGCCGCAUUGGGAACACUUCAACAAGCCAAAUGGAAUAAACCACAGGUUUUACCCUUUACAGAGGAUGUGUCGGUGCUGCACAAGUUUCUUGCUGCUGAGCGUGUUAAGCGCAUGAAGGACCUUGAGGAAGAACCCAACAGCAAAAGCUUUGGAAAUCUUGCUAAAGUGACUUUGACGCAGGUAGUACUAUUUAACAGAAGGCGGGAAGGUGAAGUUUAAAAAAUAGAGCUUCAGACUUUCACAUCCAGGGAUCGUACAGAGCUGAAUCCAGACAUUGUGAGGGGCCUUACCGACUUCGAGAGGAAGCUUGCAGAGCACUUUGAGAGAGUUGAGAUUCGUGGUAAAAGGUCAAGAAAGGUUCCAGUGCUUCUAACCCCCGACAUGAUCGCUGCUAUGGACCUCCUAAUGAAAAGCAGGAAAGAGUGUCAAGUCCACAAAGAAAAUGUGUACAUGUUUGCACGGCCAGGUGUCCUUUCCCAUUACAGAGGCUCUGACUGCUUUCGUAAGUAUGCAAAGCAAUGUGGUGCAAAGAACCCAGAGGCACUCACCUCAACAAGAUUGCGGAAACAAGUGGCCACUUUGUCCACACUACUAAAUCUGAAAGAAAAUGAAAUGGAUCAACUUGCCACCUUUCUAGGACACGACAUCCGUGUCCAUAGAGAAUUCUAUCGGCUUCCAGAGAGUACCCUUCAGCUCGCAAAAGUCAGCAAACUCCUGAUAUCACUCGAAAAAGGAAGACUGCCUUACCUGCAGGGGAAAGGGCUGGAUGACAUUGAGGUCAAUCCUGAAGAUGAAGUAGAAAUUAGAGAUGAUUCCAGCGAAGAAAACGUUGCUGACCUACAUCAAUGCAAAGGCUCAAUAACUGAGACUGCUAGGGACCAGACACUUCUGAGGCACACACCUGAGUCAACCAGCCUGGACAACAUGGAGGGCAUUUCCGAGUCAACCAGCCUGGACAACAUGGAGGGCAUUUCCGAGUCAACCACCCUGGACAACAUGGAGGGCACUUCCGAGUCAACCACCCUGGACAAUAUGGAGGGCACAUCUGAGUCAACCACCCUGGACAACAUGGAGGGCACUUCCGAGUCAACCACCCUGGACAACAUGGAGGGCACUCCUGAAUCAACCACCUUGGAUGAGGUAAACAUGAGUCACAAAAUAGUCACAUCCCAAGCUUCUUCAAAGGGCUCCAAAAGAAAGCAAGCUGUGAAGGUGAGAAGCAAGUGGACAGGUGAGGAAGUGAAGGCUGUUGAGCGGCAUUUGCUUAACUUCAUUACAAGCUGCAGAAUACCUGGUAAAAAGGACUGUGACUCCUGCCUCCAGGCAGAGCCAGUAGCUCUGAAAGAACGAGACUAGGUUGCCAUCAAGUACUACGUACACAACAGAAACGUAGCAUUAAAAAGGAAGAUGACUAGGUAGAUCCAUUCCAAUUGAUCUUGUUUUUUGCUUGUAUUUUUUUUUGC